AUUUUUAACUUUUUGUUAUAUAUACAUAAUCAGAUAUGUAACAAUUACCUCAUCAAUCUCAAUAUUCUCUUUUAAUACUCAAUAUAAGGCUGCUGCUAUCUAUUUUUUUUUUAUGAACAAGUGAGAAUAUAAAGAGAAAUAUGGAUGCCAAAACAAGGUAUGCUAUUGUGACAGGAGGAAAUAAAGGAUUAGGGUUUGAGGUAUGCAAACAAUUGGCUGCAACUGGCAUCACAGUUGUUCUAACCGCAAGAAACGAGAAAAGAGGACUUGAAGCUCUUGAGAAGCUCAAAGAGUCGACCAGUGAUGAUGUCACUAAUAUCAUCUUCCAUCGCCUUGAUGUGGCCGACCCCUCUACAAUUUCCCCUCUUGUUGAUUUUGUUGAGGCCAAGUUUGGAAAGCUUGAUAUCUUAAUCAAUAAUGCUGCUCUUCUAGGAUCCAAUAUUGAUUGGAAAUACAUGGAAGGCAUUGUUGGUAAGCCUGGAUGGACAGAUGGCAAACAUGGUGAAUUAAUAGAUUCUCAGUACGAGAUUGCAGAAGAAUGUCUACAAGUAAAUUAUUUUGGCACAAAAAAGAUGAUUGAAGCAUUUGUUCCUCUACUCCAACUUUCUGAUUCUCCAAGAAUUUUGAAUGUUUCUUCUGGUGCUGGAAGUUUACAGAAGUUGCCGAAUGAAUGGGCUAAAGGAGUGUUAAAUGACGUUGACAACCUCACUGAGGAAAGAAUAGAUGAGGUGGUGAAAGAGUUUCUCAAGGAUUGUAAAGAUGGAACUAAUUUGGAAACCAAAGGUUGGCCAAAGAUUCUAACUUCUUAUAUAGUAUCAAAAACUGCUUUGAAUGCUUACACUAGAGUUGUAGCCAAGAAGUUUCCGGGUAUUCUCGUGAAUUGUGCUUGCCCAGGUUAUGUUAAGACAGACAUGACCGACAAUACCGGCAUACUUUCUGUGAAAGAAGGAGCCGAAAACCUAGUUAGAGUGGCUUUGUUGCCUGAUGAUGGACCUUCUGGAGCAUUCUUUCAACAAGCUAAACUCUCUUCUUUUUAAUGAAAAUUAGUUAAGUGCUCUUAUAUUUACCAUGAAAUUGUAUAUGGUUACUCGUUUUAGUUUGCCUAUAUAAUUUGUUUGAAUAAUUUAUAUCUUUGAACUGUAUGAACAUUUGAUGAUAAAUAUUUAUUUUUUGUGAUAA